AUGUUGGUCUACACACCCAGCAGCCCAAGAGACUUACGCCAGCUUCUCCUGCUUCUGCUUCUCGCAGCCUGGAAGGCGGGGAGGGGCCAGGUCCAUUAUUCUGUGCCGGAGGAGGCCAAACACGGCACCUUCGUGGGCCGCAUCGCCCAGGACUUGGGGCUGGAGCUGGCAGAGCUGGUGCCGCGCCUUUUCCGAGUGGCGUCCAAGGGUCACGGGGAUCUUCUGGAGGUAAAUCUGCAGAAUGGCAUUUUGUUUGUGAAUUCUCGGAUCGACCGGGAGGAGCUGUGUGGACGGAGCGCGGAGUGCAGCAUCCACCUGGAGGUGAUCGUGGACAGGCCGCUGCAGGUUUUCCAUGUGGAGGUGGAGGUAAAGGACAUUAACGACAACCCGCCGGUCUUCUCCGUUUCAGAACAAAAGCUUUCAAUACCCGAAUCUCGACUGCUUGACUCUCGGUUUCCGCUAGAAGGCGCAUCUGAUGCGGAUGUUGGAGAGAAUGCAGUGCUUACUUACAGACUCAGUCCAAAUGAGUUUUUCAUUCUUGAUAUUAUAAACAGAAAGGACAAAGGCAAAACCCCAGUGCUUGUUCUAGGAAAAAUGCUGGAUCGUGAAGAAAAUCCUCAGCUUCAGUUGUUAUUAACCGCAACUGAUGGAGGCAAACCGCAAUAUACUGGAUCUGUUACUCUGCUGAUCUUGGUGUUGGAUGCCAAUGAUAAUGCGCCUAUAUUUGACCGAUCCGUUUAUGAAGUUAAGAUGUAUGAAAAUUCAGCGAAACAAACGUUAGUAAUAUGGCUAAAUGCGUCUGAUGCAGAUGAAGGAAUAAACAAAGAAAUGAUAUAUUCAUUUAGUUCUUUGGUUCCACCCAGCAUAAGGCGGAAAUUUCUAAUGAAUGAAAAAACGGGAGAAAUAAGAGUAAAUGAUGCUAUUGACUUUGAGGAUAGUAACACUUAUGAAAUUCAUGUAGAUGUUACUGAUAAAGGAAACCCACCAAUGGUUGGUCACUGCACUGUACUAGUGGAAGUUCUAGAUGAAAAUGAUAAUUCACCCGAGGUGGUUAUCACUUCUUUGGCUCUCCCGGUGCGAGAAGAUGCUCAUGUGGGCAGUGUCAUUGCCCUGAUCAGCGUGUCCGACCGUGACUCUGGUGCCAACGGGCAGGUGACCUGCACCCUGUCACCCCACGUUCCCUUCAAGCUGGUGUCCACCUUCAAGAAUUACUAUUCGCUG